AUGGGCCCGGGAACGAUGAUGACAGUCGACGGGUGCCGCUCAGAGCUCGCAGACGUCGUGGAAAGUGUGCUGGACAAUGUUCAAGAUGCUGGUAAUGCUGGUCUCCAGGAUGUGGCUGUUGGAGUCGGAGGGCAAAAGUCGAUGUCAAACAAUGCGCAGAACACGCGUGUGGCUUUGUUUGGGCAUUUCGGAGAGCUCAUGGGAUCAUAUACAGGUGCAGAGGGGCACUGGCCAACUCCGACAGCUUCCAGAGUGUUCGUACAUGGUGUCGGAUAUUCAGAAAAGUCGAGAAUUCAGCCAACAGUGACGACAAACGUCGUGCCGGGAGAAGAACCAGUUAAUCCGAGGAGCGCGGCCGGGCUUACCAACAAAUCAUAUCAACGCUUCUCAAAUAUGACAUCCUCUUCAGCAAAGACAAAGACGAGCCAAAUCCUGACAGCGCCUUCCUCGAGCGUCCACAUUGUUCCACGCACGUACACCGAAGAGGAGACGCAAAAGAUUGAGGCACUCCGAGAGUAUGCAGACUCGCUUCGACUCCCAGAGACCGAUCCAUAUUAUCCCUGGGAAGCCCGUUGGCUGGCUGACAAGGGAUGUGCAGAACGGUAUAUGCGUGCUGCAAAAUUCAAGCUCGACGAUGCCAAGAGGCGUAUCGCUGGCACACUCGAGUGGCGUCGCGAGUUCAAGCCAGAACUCAUCCCACCAGAGGACGUCCGCGUCGAGUCGGAGACGGGGAAAAUUAUUUUGAAUGGUUUUGACAUCAACGGUCGACCCAUUAUUACCAUGCACCCCGGGAGAGAAAAUACAAAGACGUCGGACCGCCAACUUCGACAUCUCAUUUACGUCCUCGAGCGUGCAAUCGACCUGAUGCCAUCAGGCCAAGACUCGCUCGUGAUCAUUGUCGACUACCGCAGCACCACGCUCCGAACAAACCCCUCCAUCUCCGUAGCCGCAAAGGUCCUCACGAUUCUCCAACACCAUUAUGUCGAACGACUCGGCCGCGCCAUUGUCGUCCAUCUCCCCUUUAUCCUCCAAUUCUUCUACAAGGGCAUCUCCCCCUUUUUAGAUCCCAUCACCCGCGAUAAGAUGCGAUUCAAUCCAGAUUUAAAGGAACUUAUCCCAGAUGACCACCUCGACGCCGAGCUUGGCGGCUCGUAUGCGGCAUGCCACAUUGCCCCAGACGGUGGCAGACUUUCUCCCCAUCCACUAGGCACCUCGUCCACAACCAAAUCGGAAUCUACAAAUAUCCACAGUCCGAGCACGAGCUCACGCUCCUCGGACGACGAUGACGACGGCGCGCUUGAGCCUCGCACACCAGCAAACGGCAUCUGGCUAGACCAAGGCACAAGAGCCUCGACCAUCAAGGUGGAUCAAGAACCCUACACAAAGUCCAACGCCACCGACAAUGACGCAUCAGUCACCAUCGUCCCUGUUCAAUGA